AUGCGUCUACUCCACAUGGCAGCCGUUUCCGUCCUUCUAUUUGCCGCUUCAACUGGGACGGCGGACGGCAGUAGGAGGCCCAGCCAACCGGAAGCCAACCGUCCGGCCCAGUUCCCGAUACCGAUCUCAAGAGGGUCCGUGACAUACAAGAGCGCAAAGAGAAUCCGUGGCGUAUUUGACGGGGGCUUGAAAACGUUCGGCCGCGGCGUUGUGUGCAACAGUCGGAGGGAGGGCGUAGAUGCAGAUGCCGUUUUCCUACUGGAGGAUAAAGCUGUAUUGAGGAAUGCUAUUAUCGGUGCCGACCAGAACGAAGGUGUCCACUGCCUUGGGUCAUGUGCUAUUGAGAACGUGUGGUGGACGGCGGUGUGCGAGGACGCCCUGACGAUGAAGGGGGACGGAGACGGCAGAGUCCUUGGCGGCGGCGCGCGCGGGGCGAGGGACAAGGUCAUACAGCAUGAUGGCCGAGGGACUGUCACAAUAGUAGGCUUUACAGUUGUGGACUUUGGAAAGCUCUACCGUGCUUGUGGGAAUUGCCCUGUGUCAGGGAAAAGGAUCGUGUUUGUAAAGAAUGUUAGGGCGUUCCACGGCGAGCUUCUCGUCGGCGUGAACACAAACAGGGGCGAUGUGGCGACGAUUGACGGCACUUGUGCCACGGGUGUGCGAGAGAUCUGUGCCGAGUUUCUCGAAGCGCCCCCUGGGGGUAAGUCGCAGAAGCUCAGAAGCGGUCGGAGCCGGGCUUGUCGAUAUCAAACAGUUCCCCUUUGUUAA